AUGUCAGAGCGCCACGGCGCCGAGCGCCUGACGUCAAGAACGCCGCAGCGUCAAGAACGCCGCAACGUCAAGGCACGCGACGUCGAAACGCGCAGCGUCAAGGCACCGCGACGUCAAAACGCCGCGACGCGCCUGACGCAGGAGCACCGCGCGUCAAAGCGCCGCAACGUCAAGGCACCUGACGUCAAGAGCGCCGCCGGCAAAGUCAAAACGCCGCGACGUCAAGAGCGCCUGACGCAGACGUCGCAGCGUCAAAACGCUGACGUCAAACGCUGCGAGCGUCAAAGAGCGCCGCGGCGUCAAAGACGCCGCGACGUCAGGCACCGCCAACGUCAAGGCGCCGCAACGUCAAAGAGCGCACGACGCGAGCAUCCGCGGCGUCGAAAGACGCCGCAGCGUCAAGACGCCGCGACGUCAGGAACGCGUAACGUCAAAGACGCCGCGAACGUCAAAGGAGCCCGCAGCGCAAGACGCCUGACGUCAAAGACGCCGCAACGUCAAGACGCCGCGACGCGAAGACGCCACGACGUCCAAAGACGCCACGGCGUCAAAACGCCGCAAGCGUCAAGGCACGGCGUCGAAAGACGCCGCAGCGUCAGAGCGCCGCGACGUCAAGACGCCUGA